AUGAGAUCGAGCCCCCGUAGGCCACUGAUUCUGAAGAGGCGCAAGCUAUCCCUACCACCAAAAGAUGGCGCCGGCGGUUUGGGGACUUCGGAACAGAGACCGGCCCCCUUGACCGGAGCAGGAGAGCAACGUGGACAGAACUCGGUUUCCAGAGCAGAUAUAAACCCUGCACAGAACCUUGUUCAGAAGACCGGGGUAAACGUCAGACCGGAACCAAGUCUGCAAAAUGAAGUUUUGGGAUCGUCUACCCCAGAACAGAACCAAGUCUCUGAAACCACCUUAAAUCCGGACUCCACCCUGGGUGCCCCAGCAUCCUGUACUCCUCAGUCACCUUGUAUCAGCACAAAGUCUGUAACCUCUGAGAUAAAGGUCAUGGGUCAUCCCACCAUACCAGACACUCAGCUUGUAGUCCUACCCCCCAAUUUUGACAUGGAGAGCAUUAUUCAGGCGCUGACCGCUCGAGGCCGAGAGAUGGGAGGACCUAACAAAUUCAUCCUGAUCAGCGGAAGUCCUUCGUUCCACACACAGGCUGAGAAAUUGGGCUUCCAAACUAAGGGGGACGAGUCGGCCACUUUACAGAUCGAGGCUCCUGCCUCAGCCCAGACAGAUGCAGAGGAAGGAAAGAAAGUGCUGCAGGUUGACUCUGAGGAACUGAACAUCAGUCUGACAAACAUACAGUGGUUGGGUAAGAUGACCUCCGAUGGACUGGGAUCAUGCAGUAUGACACCAGAACCCGAGGAGAAGGAAAACCUCACCCCCAUGGCAGAUUGUCUCAAGAUGGAAGAGGAAAUCGCAGAGCCGGCUACCACACAGCCAUGGCACGACUCCAUCUCUGAGCGUCCUCCGUACUCCUACAUGGCGCUCAUCCAGUUUGCCAUUAACAGCACGCCGAGCAAGCGCAUGACACUGAAAGACAUCUACACCUGGAUCGAGGAUCACUUCCCUUAUUUCAAAUAUGUGGCCAAGCCUGGCUGGAAGAAUUCCAUCCGCCACAACCUCUCCUUACAUGACAUGUUUGUGCGCGAGAGCCCUUCCAACAAUAAAAUCUCUUACUGGACCAUCCACCCCCAGGCCAAUCGCUGCCUAACCCUCGACCAGGUCUUCAAGGUGAGUACUCCAAAUGUUUUUUGGUCAGCGUACCUCUGCAAGAAUGCUAAGAUUGGAGUUGGGGCAGCAGGACUGGCCUCCAGCUCUACGCCAUCCAUGUGCAGCGAACCUAAGAGACCAAUCCCAGAUCUCAGCAGAAGCUCGCAGACCGCAGUUGUUGCCACUAAACCUCCAGAGAGAAAGAUGAAGCCACUGCUGCCUCGAAUUGAUUCCUAUCUCAUACCGGUCCAGUUUCCCAUUACACAGUCGGUCUUGUUCUCUCCCGUGGAGGCAUUUUGUGCUGAUCCUGGACCAUCUGGUGGAGCACAUUUCAGCAAACGUGUUAAGAUCGCCCCCAAGAUACCGCCGGAGACUGAGGAUCCUCUCCCUUUGUCCCAACCAGUGGAGGUUAAGGCUGAGUCGGUCGAUAUUAAGUCUCCAGCUCCUUUUCAGUGCAGACGAGCAAGCGGGUCCCGGCGGAAACAGCAGCUGGUCACCCCUCGGUCUCUGGAACCAGAGCUAGUCCUUCCUGACAGCAGUGCAUCUGAUUCAGGCCUGGACACUGAUUUCUCCUUCCUGCAGGACACACAGGCACAAGAGGGCCCUUCGCAAAUCACACAGGAUGAGGAUUAUGCCUUUAAGACCCCCAUCAAGGAAAGACUGAAGCCUCAUGCUUCCUCCACUCCCAGUAAGCCACGGGGAGCAUGUACCCUCCCGGAUUCCGAAUUUCCCUUAAGUAGAGAUCUUCUGCCUGACUUCAGCCCCGUCCGAUUCCCCUGCAGCACUGCCCUCACCCCUUUUAAGGACAACUACGGUGCCGUAAGUUUUGGGGAGACUCCUUUUAAGGAUCUGCCCAUUUUUGGCUCUCCGUCAGACUUCAUGGGUACAUUUUCUCCAUCUUCUCCCCAAUCAGACACACUGGACACUCCUAAGGGCAUGCGCAAACACAAACGCUGUUCCAAGGAGCUACUCAUAGGAAACUCAGCCAAUCGCUCCUUAUUAGAGGGACUUGUGCUGGACACAAAGGACGAGAGCCUGAGUAAGAUCCUUCUGGAUAUCAGCUUCAGUGGCUUGGAUGAUGACAACAGCGUGGGGGGUGACAACUCGUACUUGGGGCAACUUUUAUCCGAGCUGAGGUAGAAGUGGAAGUGAGAAACCUAUACCACGGUCACUUUU